GCACCCAACAUGGAUGCCACAGAGCAAUGUUUGAGGUGGCGUACAGCUGAUGAGCUGAAAUAAAUGUCAGUUUAUUAGGCAAAGGUCUUGUAAAAUAUCCUACGGUCUUUGUUAAACAAGGACUUCCCCUUACCCACAGUGUCUUAUUAACAUCCAAGAUAUAUCCAAGUGGUUAAACCCCGCCUAUAAAAGAAUGAAUGAGUUCAAUGUGGCAUUUAAAGCUUUAGGAAGUAAUUAAAGGCAGUAGUAGGCUGGGUUAUGUCGUUUUUUAUUUUGUAUUUUUUUGCUGUCAUUUGUUUUUUAGCAGGUUUAGGAUUGUCUCUCCCUGUUUUCUGUUCAUAUUCACUUAUCUGUCCAUUAUGCUAAAUUAUGUGGAAGUGUAGUCAUUACAGUAUGAUCUGCUUUUAAAACUUGGAUCCACAUUUCGAAAUGGGUUAGUUAGUUGUGAGUACAGUGGGCACUGUCAUUAUCAAAGUGAUCACUUUUUGCAUCACACAGUUGUGUGACCAUAGCCAUAAAAUACCAUGUCACCAGUGGUAAAAAGCCCAAGCUGCAAUGUCAGGACAUUCAAUUGCUUUUUUGAUGUCCUGUUCCAGUCUUCUAAGUGAAGGCUGUAACCAUUUGUAUUGGAGACUGAAAGCAGGAGUUGACAUCCUGAAACAAUGCAUCAGGGGGAAAUGUCUGAUGUUGGGAGGCUGGCUUUCAGAGGAAACUACAUCCUUCAAUGGAGUGGCACUUUGCGUCCGGUUACGUGGGGAAUCAUUUAUCUUUUUGGAAAUUCCCUUCCCUGCUGUGCUUUCAGUCCAGGGCUCCUGUUGUAAAGGGUUUCCCAGGCCCGGGUCCUGCUUUGAGCAACCAUGCAGCCCCUCAGUUGCCAGGGGACUGGGCCAAGGAAGGAAGCAUGUUCCAGAACACCAAGUAGCUCACUUGGUGUGAGUCCCAAAUGGCACCCUAUUCCCUGUAUCGUGCACUACUUUUGAUCCCUACCCAUUUUGACCAGAGGCCUAUGGCCCUUGUCAAAAGCAGUGCACUAUAUAGGGAAUAGGGUGUCUAGAUCUUUAAUUAUCAACAGACUGAAGUGGUCCUCCUGUCCCUGACAAAGCACAAUGCUGGCCUACAGUGCUGACUAAGACUUCAGCACUCUAAUUCCUUUAUAAUAUGUCUGUGGGGCGAUACUGUAUAGCCUACAACUGGCCCAUUACCAGCUUGAACUAUAGCCCAUUAGCAAUGGAGACUAUUGCCUAUGUAGCUUAUAAGAAACUGAAAACGUUUCUAUAAUAAUAUUGUUAAUUGAACCCUUAAUAAUUAUUAUGAGCAUAUGAGGAUAUUGUGUUAACUAUAGGCUGUUAAAAUAUGUUAUUAGAAAUCGAUUUGUGAAUAUUUUCGUAUAGAAUAGAAUCAGUCCUAUGUAUGCUAUUCUGUAGGCUAUAUCACAUCUACAGCCUAUUCAACAUUUACAUUUGCUGACAAAUAUUUGCCUACUGCUUUGCAAAGAAAUAACAAUGAAACAGGCGAUCCUUUAGUCACCUACAGCCGACAUGGUGUUGUAAAGGUUGGCCUGGAGCAGAAAGACUGAAAGGACCCAUUAACUCAACCCGGACUGGCAGGCAUAGCCGUGGAUGUGCGGCGUAGUAAAUGUGAUCCUGAUGACAACGUCCUGCUUUUGAUAUCGCGGAGAAAAGAAAACAGGGAGAGGCGCUGCUGGAACUACUAGCGCAUAUCUGGUGGAUUAUUUCUAAACAGAUAUCUGAGAUUUGUCGUCCGGAAUAUGUGCAUUCAGUAGCUGUUUUGUCGUAUGUAUAUGUAAUUCUCAAAUCCACGACACAGAGCUGAAUGAGAUGAGCCUACUUGGUGGUUAUAAGAAAAAGACCUGCAGUUACGAUGGCUAUGAAUCUUUACAGUUGGUCGAUAGCAGUGGAAACUUCAAUAACGGGGGAGGGAGAGGCAGCGGAAUCGGCGGCGGCUCGGUAGCAGCAACCCUAGGAGGACCGAAGGCAGGCCCACUGCGCGAGGACGACUGCAGCACCAUGGACAGCUCAGGUCCUCCAUCUCCAGAUAUGGAUGCCAACUAUGGCGGAGGGCUGCUGGACAUGGUGAAAGGCGGAGCCGGCAAGUUCUUCAGCAACUUCAAGGACAACCUGAAGGACACACUCAAAGACACCUCCACUAAAGUCAUGCACCAGGUGGCCACGUACACAAAAGGAGAGCUGGACAUUGCCUACAUCACAUCACGAAUCAUAGUAAUGUCAUAUCCUGCGGAGGCGUUGCAGAUCGGCAACCAGAACCAUGUGGAGGACAUCCGCUCCUUCCUGGACUCACGGCACGCUGACCACUACACCGUCUUCAACCUGUCACAGCGCAACUACCGCGGCGCCAAGUUCUCCAACCGGGUCUCAGAGUGUAACUGGCCCUCCCGCCAGGCUCCCAGCCUGCAUAACCUGUUUGCGGUGUGUAAGAACAUGCACAACUGGCUCAAACAGAACCCCAAGAAUGUGUGUGUCAUCACCUGCUCGGAUGGCCGUGCUCCCUCGGGUGUGCUGGUCUGUGCCAUGUUCUGCUUCUGUCACCUCUUCACCAACCCAGUACCCGCUAUGCAGCUGCUCAGCGCCAAGAGACCCGGCUCAGGCCUCUGGCCCUCGCACCGGAGGUACAUAGGCUAUGUGUGCAGUAUGGUAUCAGAGAAGCCCUCCCUGCCCCACUCCAAGCCCCUGGUGGUCAAGGCGGUCACCAUGAGUCCAGUACCCUGCUUCAACAAACAACGCAUCGGCUGCAGACCAUUCUGUGAGGUCCUCAUAGGGGAGACUAAGAUCUUCUCUACAGCACAGGACUAUGAGAGGAUGCGAGAGCACAGGGUCCAGGAGGGGAAGGUGGUCUUCCCUCUAGGUGUGAAUGUCCAGGGUGAUGUGGUCAUCUCUGUCUAUCAUAUGAGGAACACCAUAGGAGGACGACUGCAGGCCAAGGUGUCCAACACCCAGAUAUUACAGAUCCAGUUCCACACAGGCUUCAUCGCUCCAGGGACCACCGUGUUAAAGUUUACAAAGCCGGAGCUGGAUGCGUGUGACUCUCCAGAGAAGUACCCCCAACUGUUCCAUGUGUUGGUGGACAUUGAGGUGGAGAGUACAGACAAGCAGAAGGACCUGACCCCUCCCUGGGAACAGUUCCCUAAUAAAGACCUGAUCCCCAACGUACUGUUCUCAUGUCACCAAGAGCACCAGGACGCCCUUGCCAUCGCAGAGCCGAGCCGGUCCCACAGUGGUUCAGAUGGUCGCCCCCUCACGGGGGAGGACAGUGAGCCGUCUGAUGAUGAGAUGCUGUCCCUGUCUAGCCAGCAGAGCAACGCUAGCGGAGAGAGACCCGGAGGGGCCCAGUCUGGCCCCAGGGGCCCCAAGAGACCUGAGCAGCCUCAGGCCCCUGCCACUGCUCCUCCUCCCCCAGAAGAGGUGGACCUCCUGGGCCUGGAUGGGGCUGCUGUGAACCCCCCCUGCCCCUCGCCCCAGCCCCCCACCACCAACACUACCACGGACCUCCUGGGGGAUCUGUUUGGAGCCUCUCCCCAGCCCCUGCCUGGGAGUGGGCCCGCCUCAGCCCAGUCUACCCCCCAGAAAAUAGCCCCUCCCUCCACCUCCCCCUGCCCCUCUCCAGCAUUCGACCCAUUUGGGGCGGGUCCGAUGCCCAAGCCCCAGGAGCUGAUGGGUUCCUUCCGGGGUCCAGCAGGUAACCAUGGUAACCUGGGGCUGCCUGCCCCCCUCCUGCAUGCAGCUCGCUCUCCAUCCUCCACUAUGCAGAACACUGGCAUGGGCCGGAGCUCCCCAGUCCCGCCCACCACCCCUGUGGUCACCAUUCAGCAGCCUCCCAACGCCAUGGGAGGAUGGGACUGGAACAAAUCUGCAGCUCCAGGAGGGGGUUUCGGUAUGGGCAGUAAGUCAGCCAGUACCAGUCCUACCCGGUCAGUCCACAGCACACCCACACACCAGGCCAAACCCAAGACCCUGGACCCCUUCGCUGAUAUCGGAAACCUGGGGGGCAGUCUGGGAGGAGGCUCUGGCAUCUCCAGUAAGCCCACCACCCCUACAGGCACCACCCCUGCCUUCCCCCCCAUGGGCUCCCCCUCACGGCCUCCUCCCUCACCCCAGCACGGUGGGGGCUGGCAGGCUAACACAGGCUUCCCCUCCUGGCAGCCCGGUGGUGGAGGGCAGGCAGGGUGGCAGCCCCAACCCCAAGGUCAGGGUGGCCCACCGUCCCAGCCCAAACCCAGCCCCAGCCACUCCAUGCCCCACACCUCCCCCUCCAACAGACCCAACUACAACAUCAGCUUCUCUGCCAUGGGAGGAGGGGCUGCUCCCAAUGCACCCGGGAAACCACAGCCCAACAUGGGUACCAAGCCCAAAGUUGCAACGGCUAACUUUGAUGACCUGCUGUCUGGCCAAGGCUUUGCUGGAGCCAAAAAGAAGGAAGGUCCCAGGACAAUAGCAGAGAUGAGGAAGGAGGAGAUGGCUAAAGAGAUGGACCCCGAGAAACUCAAGAUUCUGGACUGGAGAGGGAAGGAGCGUAACAUCCGGGCCCUGCUGUCCACCAUGCACACAGUACUCUGGGAGGGGGAGACCCGCUGGAAGCCUGUAGGCAUGGCUGACCUGGUGACCCCAGAGCAGGUCAAGAAGGUUUACCGCAAAGCAGUGCUGGUGGUCCAUCCAGACAAGGCCACGGGACAGCCCUAUGAACAAUAUGCCAAGAUGAUUUUUAUGGAACUGAAUGACGCCUGGUCAGAAUUUGACAGCCAAGGACAAAAAGCACUCUACUGAGCUGAUAGAAAAAGAGAGCGAAAGCGAGACAGAGUUCCUGCCCACCCACCCCUGACCCCUCCGUGAACAAUAAUCAAGCUCCCACCAGAUCUGUGACUCCCGUCUUCUCCUCUCUUUACUGUCCUGUGGACUCCAUAGAGACUUCAAUAGCCAGACUAACAGUGUAACCGUGUCAGAAAAAGAUCUGCCUACCUGCCUAUGUAUCUGGUGGCAGCACUGUCCAACAUGAACUGUUCAAUGCUGUCCUAUGUGUCCUAGUCCUGAACCAAGCAAAGAGUCCUGAACCAAGCAACGAGUCCUGAACCAAGCAACGAGUCCUGAACCAAGCAACGCAGAGUCCUCCAGCUCUAUGGAGACAUCACCAGAUAGUGAUACUGUCCACCUAAUACACCGGACACAGAUGGAAAUGACAUACCUGUAGUCACAGUGUGGUUAGCCAGGUGCUAUGGAACAGCCAGGAUAUGACUGUAUGAACUAUGUUCGCCAAGGAAGAUGACAAUGUUUGUUUACUGUCAAAUAACAACAAAAGAGACUCAGUGUUUAAAAGAGCACAACUGGUUGGUUCUUGUGUUUACUUAUCCUCAGUCUUAGAAAGGUGCGGUACGUCUUUAGGUUAGUCUGGUGACUCAUCUGCAGCCUAUCGUCACUCUAAAGGUACUCAUUCUCAUCUUUCCAUUCACUGUCUGGUGUCUACAGUCUCAUAGGAAGCAGAAUGUAAAAGAUAUCAGAAAAUGAUCCCAUAUCACACUACUGUUAUGAUCUAAGAACUAAACUGCUGCUAAUGUUUUAUCAGGCUUAUCAACACCAUUAGUAGUGUAUUUACUUUGAAUGAUGUUAAUUUAUUUACCUUUACUAUCAGAUGUUUGUGUCAUACUGUGAUGCUUAUUUUUAUUUUGGUCCCUCCCAAAGAAGAAUUUGUAUUUUAUUUUGGAGAAUGUUUAGUAAAAUACAGCAGGGUUUUGUUCUAUCCCUCUGCUGUUUCCCUCUGAAGCAUUUGCUAUUGAAUCAUGAGUGAAAUGAUGUUUUAAUCAAAGGGCACGUCGUUGAUGUCGUUUCCAGAUGGGUGUUUCGAAAUAUGGUAUCUGAUGUAGGACAAAUAACCCAUCAAGCAAUUUUAUGUUCAUGUGCAUCUGCUUUAGUACGAGGGCUUUUUGUUUCCGUUUGUUUGAAGCAUAUCUUUUCUGCAUGCACUGCCUGGGACUACUAAUGGAAGGACUUGGACUUUAUCUUACUGCAUAUGGUGGCACAUCAUUUCAUAAUACAUGCUCAUGAUACUGGAGUUUGUUAGACUACUAUCCAGACCCUAACAUGGAGCCAUCCAUCCCUCCCUGUAUCAGCACUCUGAAAGGAUUUCAUGGAAACAUACAAUACCUGACAUGAACAACUGUGUCUUAACAUACUAAAAACGGCAUAUCAAUGUCUCAGCUAGGGUUGUUCUCUCUAUCUGUGUGGACCAUUUAGCGAAACGAGAACAAGAGAGACACUGCACAUCUAUUUCAUCUGACACAACCACUCCCUUAUUUUGUCUCUGCUUGCAUACUGACAUUGUCAACCCUUUCCUGGAUUCCAUCCUUCGUGAAAUGGCCUCACCUGAGUUGUGGACUAACGUGAGCACUGACUGACCACUGACCAGGGCAGAACUGUCCGCUGUAGGCUCUGAUGCUUUCUCUGGUGACUAUACCAAUGGCAGGAGCUGUGGUUGUGUAGUAUGUAUGUACUUUAUGUACUGUAUGUACACUGAGGUUGUGCGUGUGUGUGUGAUAACCCCUAUACGCUCCCUCGCUGACUGAAAUCUCUGUCUAUCUGCAAUCUUAAGGCAAUGUUAAAACGCUAACCUCUAUAUAUAUAUAGUGGACGUGUGUUGUUGAAACCGUUGUACGUGCAUAAGGAUGUGAUACGAUUUGGAUACAACUACUGUAUGUGUUUGCUUGUCUGCUGUAAAAGUAUUACUACUAAAAUUGUUUCUGUGUU